AGUCCGUGUGGAGGGAAUUUAACCCGGAAGAGGGAGGAGUCCUGGAGAACAGGGAGUUGGCUGAUGAGGAAGCAGAACCAGAGAACUCCGAGUAAAACCCAGCGAACGCCGAGACCCAGAGAGCAGAACUCCGAGCAGAACUUUCUGAGCCGGAUAUAACGAAGCGUAGAAUCCGCGCCGCCGCAGAAACACCGCAGGUCGCCGUUUGUGAACUCCUUUAGCCGCUAACAGCUAGCUGCUGCUAACUGGGAAGUGACGCUGUCAGGCGAACAGGGCUCGAGCCGCGGUUGUUAUCUUGUGAAGACUCGUACAGGACAAGAAGACGAAGAAGAUGAGUGGAGGUGUGAACAGCAUCGAUGCCGUGAAGAAGAAGAUCAAGGUUCUGCAGGAUCAGGCGGAGAAGGCUGAGGAGCGAGCAGAGACGCUGCAGAAGGAGGUGGAGAAGGAGAAGAGGAGCCGAGAGGAGGCGGAGGCUGAGGUCACAGCUCUGAGCCGACGCAUGCAGCUCAAUGAGGAGAAUCUGGACCGAGCUCAGGAGAGACUCGCUACAGCGCUGCACAAACUGGACGAGGUGGAGAAGGCUGCCGACGAGAGCGAGAGAGGGAUGAAGGUGAUCGAGAACAGAGCUCUGAAGGACGAAGAGAAGAUGGAGCUGCUGGAGGUUCAGCUGAGGGAGGCCAAACAGAUCGCUGAGGAGGCCGACCGCAAGUAUGAGGAGGUGGCUCGUAAACUGGUGAUUGUGGAAGGAGAGCUGGAACGAGCUGAAGACAAAGCUGAGCAUGCCGAGAGUAAGAGUCGGGAGCUGGAGGAGGAGCUGAAAACUGUCUUCACUAGUUCAAAGUCUCUGGAGGCCCAAUCUGAAAAGUACUGUCAGAAGGAGGACAGGUAUGAGGAGGAGAUCAGGAGCCUGAGCAACAAGCUGAAGGAGGCUGAGAACAGAGCUGAGUUUGCUGAGCGUACUGUGGCAAAACUGGAGAAAACCAUCGACGAUCUGGAAGACUCUCUGACUUCAGCCAGAAACGCCAACAUGGAGCUUCAGGCGACGCUGAAUCAGACGAUGGAGGAGCUGAACUCCUGCUGAACGCCCCCUCCCUCCCCUUAAACCUCACCUGUGGCCAAAACCUCCUCCUCACCUUCCUCCCCCUUCCCAGGUGGAGGUGAGCAGGUCAAACAUUCCCCCUGAAUGAUUCCUGAUUCACACAUUCCUUCUCUGAACUUUUGAGUCACGUUUGGAGUUUUGCUUUAUCUUCCUCUCCUCCUCUUCCUCCCCCUUACCUACUCCUCCUCCUCCCCCUUACCUACUCCUCCUCCCCCCAGUAUUAUUAGUGGGAGGGUCCGGGGGUCCACAUGAGGAGCAGCUGGUGUGUUUUUGUCUAAAGGGAGUUUAACAGACUUACAGCCCCCUCUCGUUAAGAACUAAUUAACUAAUUAAGUGUUUGUCUUAACGGUUUCUUGUUGCUCUCAUUAGUUUUUGUUGCCAAUAAUUGAUUGAUUAGAGCCAAUAUAUCCUGUUAGCCAAUGAUUUGUUGUUUUAGUUCCUGGGGGGCAUGGCUUAAGGAAUGAGCCAAUCACAGCGAGGCAUUCCACUGCCAAACAUGAACCAGGGGCCAAUCAGACGUCGGAGACAUGCCCCCCCAAUUUUCCUGCCUUUGACCUGAUGACAUAAAGUUGUUACCUGAUGAUCAUGAUGAUGAUGUCAUCGCUGUGCUGAUGUCACAGCUCAUUGUAAUAAACCAUGACAGGAUUUUAUAAAAUAAAAGCACUGGUAUAUAGA